GGUCAUGCAAUGUAAUAACCUUACUUUAAUAACCCGAUUGCAUUGGGAGCGAGAAAAAGCUACUUCUUCAUUCCUAUCUUUCUCAACGUUUACUCUUGUACACAACUUUCUUGCAACAACCGCACACGCACGCACACACACACACACACACAUACAUACACACACUCGCGCCUUUACACCCUCGCACUUACACACCCACUGCCAUUCCCAAAGUUAUCUCCCUAUUCUUGUAUGCUUAAUUAGUUCACCGUUAUCUUUCGCCCCCUUAUCGAUAUGAGCGCAUCCUCUAGAACCGCUGCCCGCAAGGCGGUUUUAAUAAACCCCUUUGCAGGGAGAACUGCUGCUCGACCGGGCCUUGCUCUUCCAUCAGCCUACCUUGGGCGACAGAGCCGGCAACUUCCUUCAGAUUUCGCUGUGCGAGCCCUUCUAAUUCCUAUUCGAAGUAUAUCAACCGAACGGCAUUCGGUUGGGCUCUCCGACGUACCACCCCCUGGUUUCAACGCAGAGCAGGCCAAGAAGCCGCUCCCGAAGACAGACACGCCUGCCUCGAGCAAGAAGGCGUCUGAGGCUAAAGCAAAAGCAACCGAGGACACAGACGCUGCAAAGGCAACCCAAUCUUCCACUGGCGAGCCCUCUGCCGAACCCAAGUCCUUGACCGAGUUGGCCGCGAAAAAGGCAGCAGAAGUUGAGAAGCAGGAGGGGAAACAGGAGAAGAAGUUGACUCUCGGACAAAAGAUCAAGCAUGAAAUCCAACACUACUGGGACGGCACAAAGCUUCUGGCGACGGAAGUCAGGAUCAGCAGCAAACUAGCUUUAAAGAUGGCUGCCGGUUACGAAUUGACCCGACGAGAGAACCGACAACUGCAACGCACAGUUCAGGAUCUUGGACGCUUAGUUCCAUUUUCAGUCUUCGUCAUCGUUCCCUUUGCCGAAGCGCUCCUACCUAUCGCCCUAAAAUUGUUCCCCAACAUGCUGCCUAGUACAUACGAAGCCCAGCAGUCCAAGGACAAGAAGGCGGCGACGUUACGUGCGACUCGUAAGGAGGUCAGCGCUUUCCUCCGGGAGACUCUGAAGGAGACGGGGCUUCCUCUGUCGCCUACGACGACGCAGAAGGAGGAGUUCGCCACGUUCUUCCGAAAAUUACGGGCCACCGGGGAGAAGCCGAGCACAGACGACGUCAUUAAGGUUUGCAAGGCCUUUAGGGACGACCUGACUCUUGACAAUUUGUCCAGGCCGCAGCUCGUAUCUAUGUGUCGGUACCUGAAUUUGAAUACGUUCGGCACGGACAUCAUGCUCAGGUACCAAAUUCGUCACAGAAUGAGGCAAAUCAAGAGGGACGACAAGGCGAUCAGCUACGAAGGCGUUGACAGUCUUAACGUCGCAGAGCUGCAGACUGCAUGUGCCAGCCGAGGCAUUAAGACGCAUACAGUAUCGCCCGCUCGACUACGAGAGGACCUUCAAUCUUGGUUAGACCUACGAUUAAAGCACGGGGUUCCUUCGACGCUGCUCGUGCUAAGCAAUGCUUACAUGUACGGCGAGAAGACAGAGGGUGGCUUCCACAGCCAGAUCGAGGCCCUAACUGGUGUGCUAUCAUCUAUCCCCGAGGAACUCUACCACGAGAUCGAGCUUGAGGUGCACAAUGCCGAGGGUGCGGCGACCAACAAGCAACGACUCGAGGUUCUGAAGGAGCAACAGGAUCUGAUCGAGGAAGAGAACGAGCAGAACCAGGAGAACCAGGACACGGGUCUCGCUACGCCCAAGGAUGUGGAAGACAUUGACGAUAAAGAGGAUCGCGCUCAAGCGGCAGCGGCGGCGGCGGCGGCGGCGGCAGAGCAGGGCCUUAACAAAGAGGUGGUGGGCGAAGCGGUCCAUGCCGAGGCCGACCUGGUUCAAGCCAAGGAUGCGCAGCAAGAGCAGCAGAAGGUUGAGAAAUAGAGAGAUGGGUUGCAUCAUGUAGGCGGCAGCGGCAGCGGCGAUUAACGAAAAACCAGUGCAUGGACGGACGGAACAAAUGUUUGGCAACGCUUCUCUUUUGUUUAAACUUACCAAGUGUAUUAUGGCAACUAGGGUCUUGCCGGUGUAUCACAAGCGAUCAAAUCCAAGGGGUGGAGAAGGGAGACCAGGAGUCGCGGUUU